CGGCGGGAGCCGGCCGGCUCGGGCUUGGGGCCGCAACGCGCGCGGCUGCUGCGGUGCGCCGGGACGGGGCUGCCGGCUGCGGCCUCUGUGGGCGACGGUGCUGCAAGGCACGAGCGCGGACCGCGGAGGUGGCUGGCGGCAUGGUGCCUUGUGACGCGGCGCGACGUGAAGGUCUCAGUUGGUGAAACCAAACGGGGCCAUGGUGAAAAGCAAGGAGAAAGAUCGGCCGGCGAGAAAAUCGAUGGAGGAGCUGGACGCGUUUGAGUGCCCCAUCUGCCUCUCCCUGUUCCAAGGACCCAUCUUCCAGUGCAAGAACGGGCACGUCGUGUGUGAUGCCUGCCGGGUUCACAUCCAUGGGACUUGCCCGUCCUGCCGCGAGCCCGUCGUCGGUGACAUCCGCUGCCGGGGGCUGGAGAACGCCAUGGCCAGCUUGGCCUUGGCCCUCCCCUGCUCGUUCAGGAGCCACGGGUGUACGGAGCUGCUCAUGCACACCGAGAGGCGGCACCACGAGGCGUUCCUCUGCCAGCAUGCGCCGUCCAAGUGCCCGUUCCAAGGGUGCCCCUACUCCGGGCUGCUCCUCUACGACCACAUCCACGACGCCCACAGCUGCCUCGACUACGAGGUCAGGUUCGGCAGGUCCGCGUGGCGGGGGUCGCUGCACCGGAGCAGGCCGUUCAAGGUGCUCCUGGACCCGGUGGACCGGCGCGUGUUCCUGCUACUCAACGGCGGGGACAUUCGCUCGGGCCGGUCGUUGUCGGUGGUCUGCCUUGGCCCGCGCCCUGCGGCCAACCAGUUGCUGGAGUACAAGCUGAAGGUGUGCGGUGCCGGCAAACCCGGCUCCCUCUCGCUGUCGGCAUCAGGCUCGGUGCCCUGCAUGCGCAGCUGGGCGGGGCAAUACCCUACUGAUGAGUUCCUUUUCGUGCCGGACGCGUACUGGACCUUCUUCAACUCCAUCAACGCCAACGUCCAUGUGCAGAGUUCGACGGUCAACAAUGCCCUAGAAUCAAAGGCAUGCAGCAACAUGUGUUCUUCUUCGCCACUAGUCACCCGUAUGGCUGGGAGAACUUCAUGUCAUGGAAGAUUUCCUAGUUAUAUACUGGGUUUCCGGGUUAGGUUUGCUGCAUUCCAUUUGUCAAUUGUCAGUAUCGUAAUUGCAAGACUCUUGAGAAAUUGGUGCCUUUUGAAGUUGUGGUUAGUUCCGGGGCAUGUACAAGCCACCUACCCGGCCAUUUACAAACUAACUAGGUGAUUGCCGGUUUGUUGCUAUGGGCUUGGAAUUUCUCCAAUGUGUGUGUUGAAUCGCUCGAAGCAAAAUUCAUUGUGUGAUUCUGAUUACACAAAAUUCAAUGUGUGUUUUGAAGCGCUCGA